AUGCUGCACGAGCUGGUGCACAACCAGAUCGGCCCGCACAGCGCGAAGUUCUACCGGAUGUUGGACCAGCUCAACGACGAGUGCGACAAGCUCAUUCGGGAAGGCAUAACCGGGCGCAACAUGCCAUUCGCUGGAGACGGGCAGUCCUUAGGAGGGGGGCGAGCCCCAGAAGAUGCUAGGGCCGCUGCGCUAAAGGCGGCGGAGAAGAGACAGCAGCAACAGGGUAUCAUGGGCGGCGGGGGGCAGCGGUUGGGCGGUGUUUCGGGCUCCUCGCCGUCGGAUGCAGUUUCCGCCGCGCAGCGUGCUGCGGCCGCCGCACAAUGGUGA